ACCAAGAGCUCCAGCAGCUCACUAGAUUCUGACCAUACCUGGAGGCGACCUGGUGAAAGAAGAGGCUUGGAAGGAACCAGCCCUCUGAGUCCUGGCUCCUUGCACACUCCAGGUGUGCCUAGGGAGCCCUCCCAUUUGACUCCACAGGGUCCUGUCAUGGCCCAUGGAAAGAGCUUGACCUUCCUGUGUUGCUCUGAUGUUGGUUACAAAACAUUCUCUCUGUCCAAGAAAAAGAUACAUCAACUUCCCCAGAGUUCUGGCCAGAAGUUCUCCCAGGAUGACUUCCCCUUGGGCCCUGUGACCAUCUCCCAUGGGGGCCAGUACAGAUGCUCAGUGGACACAACCUCUCCUCCGAGUGGUCAGCCCCCAGUGACCCCCCUGGACAUCCUGAUUGCAGGACAGAUCCCUGAGACACCCUCCCUCUCGGUGCAACCAGGCCACAUGGCGGCCUCAGGAGAGAACAUGGCCGUGCUGUGUCAGAUGCAAAGGGAGCCGGAUGCACUAGAUUUCACCAGUAAUAUAUGUCUAUAGACAAUUUCUCGGAUCAGUGUGAAGAAGGUAAAUUAUAUCUUUCAUUAGGAAAAUGUAAAUCUCCCUUUUACAAGAUGUGACUAAGAGUUGUCAAGGCUUAGAGAGCAGGAAUAAUCAGGGACUGUAUGGAUGUUCAUGUCUAAUAAAUGCAACUCUGAUCCUUAACCAUAUUUAAAAGUGCUUUCAUAGUUCCCAAACCUUUUCAUCUGCUCCACAUCCACUGGGUUCUGAAGCCAAAGCUUUCUGAAACCGUUCUUCCUCUCAGCCCUUAAGCAGUGAAUGCUUGGUCUGUUC